GGCUGGUAAUUCUCUGUUGAUCAUUAACUACAGUAUGGAAGCCUCUGUUAUACUUGGAUAUCUCUGUGAAGUAUUGUUGUUUUUUAACGUCAAAUGGUAAAUACUUAAUAAUGAUAAGCUGAGAUAUAACACAGUAUUAAGCCAAGCCUUCAAUUCACACAAGCUUUUCAAUGAUUUCACAUUACGCCACACAAGGGACGAGACAUUGCAGUGUAAGCUCCGCCAGGAACAGUUUGAAUUUGGCGCUUCAAUCAGUAACAUCUAGAUACUUUGACAAUUACAGUUAUAAUGGCCUGAGAUUUAUUUUUACACGCUUAUAAUUCUUUAUAUUUAAUUUUCCAUUAGUUUAGUAUAAUAUAAAAGAAGUUGGUGGUUGUUAUUGAAAGGUAAAAGUGUGUUGUGGAUAGGUUUGUGUCCGUACUGUGCAGAGCAGGCCAAGGGAGGACAACACAGUACCAGACGUAACUCAGAAAGGCACUGUGUUCAAAGGGUGCCAUAAACUGUGGCUUCAUUUAAUGUAUUUUGGCAGAACAAGACAGUGACAGGGCCGUGGGUGCCUGCGUGUGCUGGUGCAAGCUUGGUGCCUGCCUGGAGGUGCCUACAGGGCCACCAAGGCUAAUAUUGGUAAGAAACCCGCCCACCACUUGUCCAGCCAGCUAAUUUGCACAGUGUGAUGUAACAGGCGGUAACUGUGAUAGUGUUGUUACGUGUCACCCACUACAACAACAACACAGGGCUGUCAGAUACAAAUGUAGAGGGACGAAAUAGGGAAGCAGGAAGACCACCACCACCACCACCAUCACCACCAGCAGUGUGGAAGAAAGUUUAGAGCAAUGGCAACCCUCCGAUCCGGCAAGCAAGUUGGCGGCAGCGAUGGCGGUGGCGGCGGCAGUGGUGGUGAGGUGGACGGCAGGGACAGAGGGGCAGUACAGGCUGUGGACAUCAAGGAGAAGAGGAACACACGGACAAGCAAGGUGUUAUUCGGCAGUCUGAUCCUGGACCUGCUCGGCUUGAAGGUGGUGCUGCCCGUGUCUCCUGCUCUCCUCGACUGUUACUCCAAGCACAACACCAGCGGCUUGUAUUCCUCUCAGCUCUCCUUUGUGACUUAUUACCAGCAUAUCAUCGGUUUCGCUGCGAGGUUCCAUUCUGUCUUGUUUGGCACUGAUUGGCGUGACAUUCAGCAUAGGCUUCACCGUCGGGCACACUGUGGGGGCUGCGUUCUCCCGCUGGGGAAGUACUGGGUGGUUCGCGGCCUUGGCUGUCUACGCACGCACUCUCACUGUGGCUAACAUAAUAUUCUUUGCUGUCUUCUUCCAGGAAUCGCUGCCUGAGAAGGAGGAGGGACAUCGGUGCCAGUUUGACCGAGGCUUGGGAGGUGAUCAAUCCUAGGGCUCUGUUCUCCGUCAGCUGUGUCAAGGGCCUGGGCAGAGAAGCCUGGAGUUAACGCUGAUCUUCGCGACCCACCACAAGCAUAGUUACGACUCGUUGGCGCAGGACCGCAAGUUUUCCUUCCUGGGCCUGGUCAUGGCAAUUACACAGAGAGGGUUUAUGCGAAGUGUUAAGACUGGAACUGAAAAAGCAACUGCCAAUUAGGCACACACCUACAUUGUGAUGCAGCUCCUUGGAGGUGGAGAGCUGGCUGCCUCGGAGGAUCAGGAAACACGAGAGGUUCACAGAGGCUCGCCUCGGGCUUCGGUCGUCGUGAGGAACCUGGUGUCAGCAGUUCACUACGUGCACAGGAAAAGCAUCAGUGUUCACAGAGACCUAAAGCCAGACAGGGGUGAAAAGGGUUGGUGUUGAGGAUAGACAGAAAAGAAAAGAAAGGAAAGGCAAAAAAAGGAAUUUUUUUUGCAUUGAUUUUCCAUCUGUUUAUUUUAAAGAAUUUAUUGCAUGGAAUAUUAUUGAUCUCCAUCAUUUGUAUGGCCUUUAUAAUAAAAAGUAUGAAUUUAU